CUCCAUUGUCACGACAAGAAUAUGUCUUUAAAAGUUAAUAUAGCACUGUGUGCCGUUUAGGAAAUGGGCAUGUCCAUUGUUUUUGGCUAUAAUAUAAGAAGCUUUGUCUCCUGCUUCACGUAAAGAAUUACUCUGCAACUUUUCCAUCUUUUUCCAGAAGUUGAUUUCGAAAGAGGAAAGAAUCGGAGAUGAGGAAGACCGGUGAUGUUUCCGAUCCACGUUCGAGGCUCAAGUGGGAUGUAUUCCUCAGUUUCCAAAGAGACACGCACCACAAAUUCACAGAGCGUCUCUAUGAAGUGCUCGUCAAGGAACAGGUCCGGGUUUGGAACGUUGAUGUGGAACGUGGGAAUCAUGAUGAGCUCGGUGCAAGUCUCCAGGAGGAGGCUAUGGAGGACUCGGCCGCUAUAGUCGUCGUCUUAUCUCCUAACUAUGCUAAAUCUUACGUGUGCCUUGAAGAGUUAGCCAAGAUCUACGAUCUGAAAACGUCGCUUGGUCGCGUGGUGUUACCGAUCUUUUACGAGGUUGAACCCUGGAUAUUUAGGAAACAGAACGGUCCUUUCGAGAUGGAAUUUGAAGAGCACUUGAAAAGAUUCAGCGUAGAGAAGAUACAGCGAUGGAAGAGAGCCAUGAAUUUAAUCGGAAACAUCUCCGGAUUUGUUUUCAGAGAAGACUCGGUUGAUGAUGACAUGAUUGGGCUUGUGGUGAAGAGAGUUUUAGCUGAAGUGAGCAAUACACCAGAGACAGUGGGAGAAUACACUGUUGGGCUGGAAUCACGUGUCAAGGAUUUGAUGGAUGUGUUUGAUGUUGAAUCCAGCUCUGGAGUUCAAGUCCUGGGGCUUUACGGUAUGGGUGGUAUUGGGAAGACGACUCUUUCAAAAGCUUUCUAUAACAAGAUCAUUCGGAACUUUAGCCGCAGAGUUUUCAUCAAAAAUGUUAGAGAAAGAUCAUCGGACCAAGACGGCUUAGUCAAUCUACAAAAAGAGUUUAUCAGUGUACUUACUUCUUCGGCACCUCAAAUAGACGAUGUUGAGAGAGGUCGGGAGAAGAUCAAAGAAUAUGUUCCUGAGAAGAAGAUUCUUGCGGUUUUGGAUGAUGUUGAUAACAUAGACCAGGUUGGUGCGCUGGUUGGUGAAAUAGGAUGGUAUGGUGAAGGAAGUCUUAUAGUCAUCACUACCAGAGAUGAAGAGAUUCUGAGUAGGCUCUCAGUGAAACUACGAUAUGAGGUCAAGUGCUUGACUGAGGAGCAGGCAUUGAAGCUGUUUAGUUAUCAUUCACUACGAAAGGAAAAACCGACAGAGAGUUUACUGGACUUGUCCAAGAAGAUUGUCAAGAUAUCUGGAUUCUUGCCACUGGCUGUUGAAGUGUUUGGUUCUCUUUUGUAUGACAAGAAGGAAGUAAAGGAAUGGCAAAUUCAACUGGAGAAGCUGAAAAAUACCCAACCAGAUAAUCUUCAGGAUGUGUUGGCCCUGAGCUACGAAUCUUUAGACGAUGAAGAAAAGAAAGUAUUCCUCGACAUUGCGUGUCUCUUUCUCAGAAUGACAAUUUCAAAAGAAGAAAUUGUUGAGGUACUGAAAGGAUGUGGGUUUAACGCUGAGGCUGCUCUUAGUGUCCUAAGACAGAAAUCUCUUGUUAAGAUAUUUUCAGACGAUACUCUUUGGAUGCAUGAUCAGAUUAGAGACAUGGGUAGGCAAAUGGACCUUACAGAAAUUCCCGGUGAUCCUAGAAUGCGAAGUAGACUCUGGGAUCGUUCUGAAAUUAUGACCUUAUUGAACAAUAUGAAGGGAACAUCAUCCAUCCAAGGAAUUGUAUUUGACUUCAGAAAGAAGUCUGCUUGGGACCCGACUGCAGAGGAUAUUGCGUUGAGGAAUCUGCAGAGCAAUCCGGGGAUCAAAUCUCUGUAUAGUUACCUGAAGAAUAAAUUUAUAUCAUCUGAAGAAGAGGAAAAGCCAAAAUGUUACGAAAGCACCAUUCGGGUAGAGCCUUUCGUACCAAUAAAUAAGUUGAGACUUCUUCAGAUUAAUCAUGUGAACCUGGAAGGAAAUCUAAAACUCCUUCCAUCUGAACUCAAGUGGAUACAGUGGAAAGGUUGCCCAUUAGAAAAUAUCCCUUCGGAUUUUCUUGCUGGGCAACUUGCUGUUCUUGAUCUUUCAGAGAGUAGAAUAAGACGAAUCCAGAGUAUGCGUAGCAAAGGGGUUGAUGAGAACUUGAAGGUUUUAAAUUUGCGUGGCUGCCACAGCUUAGAAGCCGUUCCUGAUUUGUCAAACCAUAAAGCCUUAGAGAAGCUUGUUCUUGAGCGAUGCAACCUCCUGGUGAAGGUUCCUAGAUCAGUUGGUAAUCUAAAAACAUUACUUCAGCUAGACCUCAGAAACUGUUCAAAUCUUUCUGAAUUUCUUGUGGAUGUUUCUGGGCUGAAGCGUCUUGAAAAACUUUUCCUCUCUGGCUGUUCAAAUCUGAGUGUGUUACCAGAAAACAUUGGUGCCAUGCCAUGUUUGAAAGAGCUCCUUCUUGAUGGACCUGCAAUAAAGAAGUUACCAGAAUCCAUUUACCGCCUCGAAAAUCUUGAAAAGCUUAGUCUAAAGAGUUGCAGAUCUAUUAAAGAGCUAUCUUUGUGCAUAGGAACAUUGACAUCGCUGGAAGAGUUAUAUCUUGAUGGCACUGCAUUGCAAAAUCUUCCGACUUCUAUUGGAUAUCUAAAAAAUCUCCAGAAGCUACAUCUGAUGCAUUGUGCAUCCCUUUCUAAGAUACCUGACACUAUUAAUGAGCUCAAAUCAUUAAAGGAAUUAUUUGUCAAUGGAAGCGCAUUGGAGGAGCUACCUCUAAACCCUGGUUCAUUGCAAUGUCUGACUGACUUCUCAGCAGGAGGUUGCAAUCUUCUGAAACAGAUUCCGAGUUCAAUUGGUGGUUUAAAUUCUCUUCUUCAGAUACAGUUGGAUAGGACCCCGAUUGAAACUCUACCAGAGGAGAUUGGUGCAUUGCACUUUAUUCGCAAACUUGAGUUGAGAAACUGUAAAUCUCUGAAGUUUCUACCUGAAUCAAUCAGAGAUAUGGACACACUCCAGAGCUUAUAUCUUGAAGGCUCUAACAUAGAGAAACUGCCGGAUGAUUUUGGCAAGCUGGAAAACCUACUCGUACUCCGAAUGAACAACUGUAAAAAGCUUAAGAGGCUUCCUGAAUCAUUUGGAGACUUGAAAUCACUUCACCAUCUGUCUAUGCAAGAAACUUCGGUGACAAAGUUGCCAGAAAGUUUUGGGAACCUUUCAAAUCUAAGGGUAUUGAAGAUGUUGAAGAAACCUCUUUUUAGAAGUUUUGAAAGUGAAGAACCUCAUUUUGUGGAAGUACCAAAUUCGUUCUCAAACCUCUUGUUGCUUGAGGAAAUGGAUGCUCGUAGUUGUGGAAUAGCCGGUAAAAUCCCAGAUGUUGUUGAGAAGAUGUCGUCUGUGAAAAUACUGAAUCUCGGGAAUAAUUAUUUUCACAGCCUUCCAUCUAGUCUCAAGGGGUUAUCAAAUCUCAAAAACCUUUUAUUGUAUGACUGCCGAGAGCUCAAGUGUCUCCCUCCUCUUCCAUGGAAACUGGAGCAGCUAAGUCUGGCAAACUGCUUUUCAUUGGAAAGUAUAUCCGACCUUUCCAACCUGAAGAUCUUGCAUGAGCUCAAUCUCACAAACUGUCAAAAAGUGAUUGAUAUUCCAGGCCUAGAGCACUUGACGGGUCUGAAUAGAUUAUACAUGAGUGGCUGUAACUCCACAUGCUCCCUUGCAGUAAAGAAAAGACUCUCCAAGGCGUCUUUGAAAUUACUGAGGAAUCUGAGCUUGCCUGGAAACAGAAUCCCGGACUGGUUCUCACAAGGCCCUCUCACGUUUUCAGCUCAACCGAACAGAGAGCUAAGAGGAGUAGUCCUUGCUGUUGUUGUGGCUCUAAAACAGGAAAUAGGAGAUGACUACCAGCUGCCAGAUGUGUUGGAGGUUCAAGCCCAAAUUCUCAAACUUGGCUUAGCCUUAUACACCCACACAUUGCACCUCUCUGGAGUUCCUAGAACAAGUAACGAUCAACUCCACAUCUGCCGUUACUCAGCUUUGCACCCAAUGGUUAUGACGAUGAAAGACGGGUAUACCAUCCAAGUGAUCAAAAGACAACCGCCAAUCAAACAAGGCGUGGAGUUAAAGAUGCAUGGGAUACAUCUGGUUUAUGAAGGGGAUGAUGAUUUUAAAGGCGAAGAACAUUUAUUAACCGAGUCACAGUUAACCGUCUCUCAGAAGCUUGCCAAUUUUUUCAGAUCUUUCGAUGAAGGUAAAGCCAGCUCAGAAAGUAAAUCGACUGUUACAUGAUCUGCUUCCCACAAAGAAGAUAUCAAACUGCUCACAGUCAAUCUUAUCGAUCCAAACCGUUUGGUGCUCAGAUAUGAUGAUGGUAUCUUCAAACAGAUUCACGUGAAGAGUUUCUACAUCCUGUUGACUUUGAAAACUUGAUUUCGAAGAAGAAAGAUCGGGAGAUAAUGAAGACCGGCGCCUCUGUUUCCAAUCCGCGUUCGAGGCUAAAGUGGGACACAUUCCUCAGUUUCCAAAGAGAUACGAGGCACAAAUUCACUGAUCGUCUCUAUGAAGCGCUCGUCAAGGAACAGGUCCGGGUUUGGAACGAUGAUGUGGAAGGUGGGGAUCAUGAUGAGCUACGUCCAAGUCUCGUGGAGGCUAUAGAGGACUCGGUGGCAUCUGUUGUAGUUUUAUCCCCUAACUACGCUAACUCUCACCUGCGCCUCGAAGAAUUAGCUAAGCUAUGCGAUCUGAGAGCAUCUCUGAAACGUCUGGUGUUUCCGAUCUUUUAUGAGGUCCAACCAUGGGAAGUUCGGACACAGAACGGUCCAUUCGAAGAAUAUUUUAAAGAUCAUUCGAAAAGUUUCGGAGAGGAGAAGAUACAACGAUGGAAGGGAGCUUUGACUUUAGUAGGAAAUCUCUCCGGUUUAAUUUACGGGUAUGACUUCAAUAUUACUCAUCUUAAUUAUUGAAUUUAUAUUCCUUUUUAUUCAAGUAAUAAUGUAAUAUUUAUAUGAUUGGUAGAUACAUUUGACAUAUACAACAUCUCAUCUAUAGUAUUUUAAAGUCGUGUUUUUGUACGUUUCUUGAAAGUUGAAUA